GUUUGGAGAAAUCGGAUUCAAAAGAAAUGUCGAAAGAUAUCCAGGGCAGCCACCGGAGUCCGGAAGCUUAAUAGCCACCGGGUCACCGUGACCCCGAGAGCGACAGUGACUGACAAGCGCACAGACCAGGCGCUCGCCAUCAUCCACGGUUCUGUCCGCCGGAGCCGCCUCCACGGCGUGGGACCCGGUUGCAGACGUCCACGGAGGCGGCCAGAUAUCGACAUGCAGCGAGCAGUCCCCAGACUGCCCCAGCUGGGGAACCUCCUGGGCGGCGCAGCGCGACGGUGACCCGCGCGGGUGCGAGGGGUGUGCCCGGCCCCGCCUGCGCGCCCCUCCCCGCGGUGGCCGCGCAUCCAGGGGCGGCGCGGAGCCGAGCCGCUCGCCCAGCCGCCAGUGCCCGCGAGCGCCGCGCCUGCUCGGGGAAUCCACUUCGCCGCUAGACGCUCUUCAUUCACUCUCGCUCCCUCCCCGGCUGCUUUCUAUGGCUUUGACUCUGCGGCCGGAGCCUAACCACUAAGGGAGAAACUUUUCCUGCUGUUUCUUCUCCCCACCUUUCCAGGAGAGGAUUAAAAGUUGCAAGAACUGGUGCCGCCCGAGUCACUUGGGUACUCGCUGGCGAGUUCCGAGUCUCAGCCAUGUGCACCAACAUAGUUUAUGAGUGGCUGAAAGCGUUACAGCUCCCGCAGUACGCUGAGUCCUUCGUGGAUAAUGGCUACGAUGACCUGGAAGUGUGCAAGCAGAUCGGAGACCCGGACCUGGACGCCAUCGGGGUGCUGGCUCCCGCGCACCGCCGGCGCAUCCUAGAGGCUGUGCACCGGCUGAGGGAACAGGAUGCGGCCGCUGCCGGCCUCUACUUCACCCUCGAACCGCAGCCCGUGCCACCCGCACCGCUGGUGGAAGCGGUGCCCCCAGGCCGCCGGGGGGAGCCAUGUGGCGGCUCAGCCCAGGGCACUCGCGGGGACCCCCGUGGCCAGCCGAGCGCUCCCCGCAGCAGGGAGCUGGUGAGCUACCCUAAGCUGAAGCUGAAGAUCAUGAUCCGGGAUAAGCUGGUCCGCGAUGGGAUCCACCUGAGCAAACCCCCAUACUCGCGCAAGGUCCCAAUGGCCGGCAUCCUAGAGUACUUAAUGAAUUGGCCGAAGUCAUCACAGAACCACUAGAUAUCAUUUUUGAGAGGCCGUGGCGGAAUGAUGAGAUGCGGAAGACUGGAAAGGGGCGUAUUUAGGACCUUCUUUCACAAAGGGAACUGGAUGGUGACUCUGCAAACACUUAUCAGCUUAUCAUUUUGCUCGGAAAAUUCUGGAAUUAUCAACGUAGUUAGCCGAGUAACUCUCUUGUAGUAGUUAGGAGUAAGGCAGUGACCGACCACCUGUGGAAAUAUAUUGAACUUGGUUUUCAAUGGACACUCCAUGCGGGAAGAAGUCUGAUACAUCUCUUGGAAUUUCUCUCCUUUGCUCUUUGAGUCUUUCACUCUCAUAGAUAGGGUUGACUAAGACUUGUGGGGAAAUUACUGAUUUUAAGUAUACUACAUAAAAGUAGGUUUCUUACAAUUACAAGUAGGUUUCUACUCAAUUACAUAGUUUUCAAAUUUAGCCUCUGUCUCGGGAAAAGUAACUUUCAUUUUAUGUUUUAAUGUACAUGUUGUUCUACUUUGUUUUCAUUACGUUACAACAUUUCACAUAGUUCUAUAUAAACUAGUUUGGUGAAGGAACUCUUACUUUAGGUGUUUUGUAUAGUGAUUUCGCAUAUAAGUAUAACCAUAACACUGACAGAUUAAAGAAGAAAUUAUUUUCUGAGUUUUAAAGUGUAAUCUGGUAGAGGGAUGACUGUUACGUUAGAAGUACCAUAUCCUGAUGCAUGUCAGCUAUUCAUGUUCUUCUUGGCCCUUGCCCACCUUCCCGAGUUGCUUUCUCUCAUCCCACACCCCUUCCAUGUGCUUCUGAUACCAGGUAGUGAGCAGGGACGUCGGCCUUGGCAGUGGGCAAGAGGAGCCUUAUCUGCACAUCUUUGUGCAUGGAAAAUAAAGGAAAGAAGGGGGAGUGAGAAGGAAACCUGGAAUAUUAUUAUUUUUUUUCUUUCUCGUCAUUAUUUCCCUUGGGUGUUGGCAGUCUGCUUUUCUGCUAAGAAAACACAACCAUGAUGAUGGGGUCUAAACUUCCUUGAGAAAAGGCUACAGGUGAUUUAACAAUGUUAACAAGCAGCUGAGGCUAGCGAGCUUGGCGAGACCCUUAGCUGUACUGUACUGUACUGUACUGUACUGUACGCACUGUAGAACCACCCUUUCACUACUCGGGAGUACAGCACAGAUGCAAGCUUGUGCCACUAUAAUUACGGACAUGAACGGGAAACUUUUAAAGGCAAGAGCCUGACAUUCACUUUGUCUCUAGAAAUAGGUAGGCAAUUAAGAAGGGAUUACAUCUCCAGAGGCACUCAUGACAUAAUACUGUUUUUUUUUUAAAAAAAAAAAAAAAAUUCAAAGUUUAACCACUUGAGCUGCCUUCAGAGGUGAAUUUAGGCACUGUGCUAAAGCCUUUCUCGGGCUUAAAUACAGAUGCAAGGAAAUUAAGUUCUAAGAGCACGUGUGAGUUGUCUGUCCCUUAUGAGCUGCAGACAAUCGACUGCUUGUCACCUUUUCAAAUAAACUGAUCUGUAAAAUACCUGUUA